GAACAAUGAACUUUGAACUGUGAUUUAUCAUGAUGACAGUAGUGGCUGAAAAUCUAGUGAUAACAGUAGAGUCCUCUGUGUCUAUCAGCCUCUCUCUGUCCUCUGGCUUGACUCUCAGUGACGACGACCUGAACGAAUGUCUCCGUGUUCGUGUGAUCCCAGGUAGCACACGACUCUGUCCAGAUCCACCAAAUCUCUCUCUGGUCUCCGGAGAAAGAUGCUCCCUUCACGUCUCGCAUGCUCGUUGCCCACAACUGCUCCUGUAGCUCCUCAUUCCUGGAUCAACGCAUGAGCCAGUGAAACACAAGACUGUGAAUAGUUUUUGAACUUUUGUUGCAAAGGUUAGGUCUUGAAAAAGGGACACAUGUCGACAUCGAAGGUGUCAGAGUGACUAUAAUAUUAUCUUUUACUCAGAGUGAUUAUAAUAAAGUGACUACUGUUUGG